AUGGGUAAUAAACCAUUACAAACCUAUAGAAAAAAGGAACCAUCAUUACGGGGUACUUAUAGGGCUGAUUCUGAAGUAGUAAAAGUAGCUUCAUCACCAUCGUUUUCAUUAGCAUCUGGUACUGCAACAUUCUCAUGUCUUGCUGCUGAACAUCAUCAAAUACAUGAUCAAGAAACACUUGAUCAUUGGCGAGCAAAAGCAUUGCAAACAAUCGAUGAUCUAUAUGAACACAAGGCAUCAUUUUUAAGACGUGAAGCACAUGUUAGAACUUUAGUAGGUCAAUUAAGAGCAUUCAUGGAUGAUGAAUUACCUCGUCAUGGAAGUGGGUAUUUUGUCGAUGAUCAACAUGUACAACAGCUUCAUAUGUCUGUUAAUAGUUCUCAAGCAUGA